CGCAGCGUCUGUUUCUAUAGUAACAGAGACUUCCGCCAUAAACAUCGCAGCAUGGAGAUCCCGGAGGAGUUCGCUACGGAUCACAUGGUGUUCGCCGGGUCCUCCGAGCGGGAUGUCAUGUGCAGUAAAAUCUUCUGGAGCUCCCUGACACUGCAACCCCCGCUGGAGUCCAGGCUGGUGUCCGGGAACAUGGAGCAGAGACUGCGGCCGGCUGGGGAGCCAAGACUGCGAAAGAAUCAUACACAGCAACAACUGGAGGAUCUCAAGACUGAGUAUUUCUUAUUAGAAGCACAGAGAGGAGAAGCAAUAGAACAAAGGGCUCGUUAUCUCCAGAAAGUUCCCAAAGGCAAAAAGAAGGGAAGAAAUCAUGGCAUUGCUGAAAAGACAAAGGGAAGACCGCAUUCAGGAUUUCCACACCUGGUGUUCUGGAAGAUAUACAGGCUGUCAAACAGCUUAGCUAACCAAAAGACUUCUACAAGUACUUCCCACUCCUUUCCUUACCCCAAAAAAUUACACUGUUAUUUAACUUUAGUGACGUAAUUGUUAUAUUCCUCCUUAUUGGAAUUUGAUCAAUUGUAUACUGUAAUAUGCAAUUCAAUCUGUAUUUGCUUGUUGCGCCACUGUAUGUUUAUUCACUUCUUGAAAACCAAUAAAAAUAUUUGGAAAAAAAAAAAAAAAGACUUCUUCAAGUAG